UCCACUUCCGACGGUCAUCCUCGCAUCUCUCUUGCUUUGUGUGUCUAAGUAAGAUGUUAUUGGGUCUUGCUAAGCAAUUCUCUUUUGGAAAUAUCAUAUUAAGGGGUGCCAGGACUCAGGCAACGAUAGCGACGAGUGGGCCAGCCGUUACAGCUACAAACCGUGCCCAAGCGACACUGAAACGUUUCUGGAAAGAUGUCGGUAUCGAAGUGCAACCGGGUCUGUCUGCUGCCUCUACAUCUACCACACCGGCCUCGGACGCCAGCAAAAACCACCUGACCGUCACUCUCGACAAGCGUCCUCUAAAAACUCCAUCCGGGGAUCAACUGCUACUUCCAAAACAUAAGGCUCUUGCUGUAACGCUUAUUGCAGCGGAAUGGGAUAAUCAAGAAACACUGCUCAAGCAGCAUUCGCUUCCUAUGACAAGCCUUGCAUCGCGAGCAAUCGACGCAUUCCGGAACUCGAAGGCGGAUACACGCGUCCAAGUAUAUGACCAGCUGCUGAAGUACUUCGAGACGGACGCGAUCUGCUUCCAUGCUUCCGAGCCGGCGUCGCUCGUCUCCCUACAGAAGCGACACUGGGAGCCAUUACUUACGUGGGCACGUGAAUCGUUCACUGUUGAAGUGAAUGUCACGACUGGUUUCUCCGUCCCAAGGCAGCCCGCGGAGACGCUUGCUGCCUUCCGUAAGGUGCUCGAACAAAUGGACGAGUGGGAAAUGGCCGCCAUGGAGCGCGCAACAUAUACCACCAAGUCCUUCUUGAUCGCUCUGGCACUCGUCAAGAGACGAGUUACCGCUGAGCAGGCUGCGCAAGCUUCGCAUGUCGAAGUCAACAGUCAAAUUGAAAAGUGGGGCGAAGUCGAGGACUCGCAUGACGUCGACUACCACGACGUCCGCCGGCAGCUUGGAAGCGCAUCAUGUCUUCUGGCCAACCACCAGCUCUGAUCAGGCUUUACCCUUCAUGGUGUAGCUGCCCGCGAUCAUAUAUUUGAGAUCAAGCCUGGGCCAGAGAAAGCCAAUAUAUUGAUUACCAGUAGGUUUGUUUCAGGUCGUAACUAGUCUUCCAUAAGUGGGAUUAGGAAGCGUACCGAUGAAGAUAUAUGGGGCUACACACAAACUUGUGGCACGGGCCCGAAUAUAAGCUAGUAGCGUUGGGAGGGUACGCGAUACUGUAAUGGCACGUAGAAGAUCACAUGUGUGGGCGUAGCAUCUACAUUCGCGUGCUAAAUUGCCGCUUCUUUCUGAAGGUACCAAAUCUGACACGACAUA